GAUUUUGUGAGGUCAAAAUUUAGGGACCUAUAAAAUUAAAUGGAUGAUAACAUGAAAGAUGAUAUGGUUAUAGAUCUUGAUUUGAACCAAGAGCCAUUAGUGGACCCUCCACCACCUCCGCCUUUUGGUUAUGGUCCUUUGCUAAACGAACUAGAGACCACACAUGAUAGAAUCGAGGAUCGAAUUAGGAAACUUGAAGCUGUUACAGCUAGGGCUAGACAACGGCAGCGAUGGCGACAGGCAAGAAACAAUCAGGAAUUGAGUUACAUGACAGUAAUCGAGCUAGAUGUUGGUGCAGGAAACCAGAAUCAAGACGACAAUAAUGUUCGUGAUGUGGAUUGAAUUAUAAACACUCCUGGUGGUGUUGAAAAGAGGGCUAAUGGUGAAAGAGGGAGAAACAACAAAAGAGAUAUCAGCCAGUUGGCAAAAGCUUUGGAGAUGGAUUUAGAUUCCAAGAAGACAGAUAACAAUGGAGGCGGAGAUGAUGAGAGUGGGGGUUUCUUCGAUUGUAACAUAUGCUUGGAGAUGGUGAGUGAUCCUAAUGGUAGCUUAGGGUAGCAUGGGCUACCCCUAAAAAAUCUCGAGUAGUGCCCCCAACCACAACUUUCAUAUGUCGUAUCCUUCCCUCCUUUUAUUAGCGAUUUUUAUUCCAUAAUAGGUCCCCUGCCAUUGUCGAUCUCGAAUGCACCGCAUCCUCUAGUCCUCUUAUAUUAGCGAUCUGUUAUUAGGUUGUCAUCUCUUCUCACAGGCCCAUCACACAUUGCUUACGAUCACAACAAGCCUG